AUGCAGGCGCCAAUCCUUGCCACUGGAUUUCGAGGCAGCCUGAGUUUGAUUAAUCAUCUAGUGUUACAUGAUGACCAAGGUCAACUGCAAUUGGGAUCAGCUGAUGAAUCUACGAUUGCUCCAGGAUUAUUCAUAACUGGACCACAGUUCAGACAGCGCUUCGCAGUUGUCGCAAGCGCUAUUGGACAAAGAUUAAAAAUGGAUCUUACACCACUUGAUGCCUAUCGUGAUGAAGGCAUGUUCCUCGAUGAUCUGUCUUGUUGUGGCGAAGAUUGCACAUGU